AUGUCAGUUGAUUACAAAAACGAUGUUCUUCUUCUCACUUGUGCGAGCGGCAAGCAAUGUUCCCGGCUGAUUCCUCUUCUCUACAAUACAUGGAAACAACUGCGGCUCGCUGUGAACACUACGUCCUCCGAGGAGCUUCUGAAGACAAAGUACCCUAAUGCGACAGUUGUGCGAGCCGACAUGUCCCGUAUCGACGAUGCGCGGCGCAUAUUGUCGGGAGUUACGACCGUGCUUUACAUAGGGCCAUCUCUUCAUAGCCAUGAAACUGAAAUCGGGUACACCAUGAUCGACGCUGCGCGCCACGAAUCCCGGCACGGUACUUUUAAGCACUUCGUUUACUCGUCCGUGCUGCAUCCGCAAAUCCGCAAAUUGAUGAAUCACGAUUGCAAGCGCUACGUGGAGGAAUACCUGAUUGAAUCCGGGCUCAACUACACCAUCGUUCAACCGAGUCAUAUCCUGGAUCAGUUUCCGGUGGAGAAAUUGCUGCAACCGGAAGAACCUGUCUUCCCUGCCCGCUUUGAUCCACAAGUAACGUUCUCAUUUACCGCCCUACAGGACCUGGCGGAAGCAUUCGCGGGUAUUUUCAAUGAGAGAGAGAAGCAUUACCUGGCAGAGUACACAGCCUGCUCCACUGGACCAACCUCCUAUGCCGACUUAAUUGCGAUGCUAAGUGGGGAAAUCGGCAAGCCUAUUCAGAUCCCAGAGAAGGGGUACUUUGAAUCCGCAGACCAAUUUCAAAGUAUGUUCGCUGGGAAGGAGGGCGAUGUUCCACCAGGUACCCGUGAUGCGAUCCAUCGACUGCUACUCUACUACAAUUUUUAUGGAAUCAAAGGCAAUACGAACGUGUUAGAGUGGUUAAUUGGACGGAAGCCCACAACUGUUGAGAACUUUCUUCGUCAAAAAAUCUUGGAAAUCCGAAACUCCUAG